AUGGGGCUCAGAGCCAUGGUUUCCCCCAAUAGAGGUCAAGGACCUCAAUGCCCACCCCCUUUCGUAAGACAAGGUUCAGUGCCCAACCUCACGCUUGAUGAGGUUCCAAGCCACCUUUCAGAGCUUGGUAAGCCAUUGAAUGCUAUGAACCUAAAUGAGCUAUUAAAUUCAGUCAUGGCAGUGGAGCAACAUAUUCAUGCCCCAUCUUCGUCAUUGUCAUCUGCCAGCACUGCCCAACCUCUUUCUGAAAAUUAUAACAUGAACUGUCCUCUUAUCCACAAGACUCUUGAUGAGAUAUGGCAAGAGGUCAUCCAACUAGAAGGGCAAGGCAAUACCGAGAGUCCUGCAACAUUUGGAGAGACUACACUUAAGGACAUCCUGGCUUUGUUCUCGGUUGAUCCAGAACAGCAAGAGGAUUGGCUGCAAUACCAAUUGGCUGCUGCUCAACAGCAGCAGCAGCAGCAUCAGCAUAUGGCUCUACUGGGCUCAGGCUUGUCGGUAUUAGGGAAUGCAAUAUCUAAUGCAGGGUUUAGUGAGAUCCAACAAAUGGGGCUUCCUAUGGUGUCCAUGGCGAUGACAAGAACUACCUCAUCAGACUCACAUACACCUACAGAGACACAUCGGCCUGAUGAGAUCGUUGAUAAGAAUAUUGAGAGGAGGCAGAAGAGGAUGAUAAAAAAUCGAGAGUCGGCAGCUAGGUCGAGAGCAAGGAAACAGGCUUAUAUAAACCAGUUAGAAGAAGAGGUGAGACAAUUGACAAACACAAAUAAGCGGCUCAAGAAGCAGAAGGAAGGAGAUAUGUUAUUGCAUUUAAGUACACCUUCAGUGCCAAGAUACCAACUGCGGCGGACUAGCUCUGCACCAUUCUAA